AUGGCAUCAACAUCCAGCACCAAAGAGCUGCAAGCUUUCAUAGGGCGGAUAUCAUAUUUACGACGUUUCGUUCCUGGUUUGGCGCAGCUAAUGACUGCGUUCCUUACCCUCCUAAAGAAAGGCGCGGUCCUUGCUCAAGACAUAGGAGGAGACGAGCUGUCCCCUAUCUAUUAUGUUAGCCGAGUUCUGCGAGAUGCGGAAUUAAGGUACCCACGAGUAGAACAGACAUGUCUAGCUUUCACGUAUGCGACGCAGAAGUUGAGGCCCUAUCUCUUGACACACGAGACUAUCGUGGUGGCGGCGAACCCCAUAGCCUACAUAGCCUCGAAACCUUUCUUAAGAGGAAGGACCGCCCGAUGGCUGCUACAACUAUCAGAAUUUGAGCUCAAAUACCAACGCCCGAACGCAGUGAGAGGACAAGCAAUAGCCGAUCUCAUGGCAAUGUUCCCGGGAGAAGGCGACGACGAGGUACACGAAUACAUACCUGGAGAAGUGGCAACCGCAGAUGUUGAUAAGCCUUGGAAAACGUUCUUUGACGGGUCAUCAUAUGGUACUGUUGGAGGAGUUGCGGUGGUAUUCGAAGCGUCACAAGGAGAACUGCUCUCCUAUUCGUUUAAAUUGGACUUCCCGUGCAGUAACAAUUUCGCGAAAUAUGAAGCCUUGAUUUUGGGACUCCGAAUGGCAAAGGAGCUCAAUCUGGGAAGCGUGGAAGUCAAAGGUGAUUCAAUACUCGUGACAAACCAAGUGAAUGGUGACUUUCAUGUCAAAGAGCUUCAUUUAGCGCCUUAUCGGGCAGAGGCCCAAAGACUGAUGAACCAAACGGGGUCGAUCCUGGAUCACACAGGCAGGGGUGGAAACAAGCACGCAGACUCUCUGAAAACCCUGGAAAGCAAAGUGCAAUUGAAUGGCGAGGAAGAGGGUACCGUCACAAUAAAGAGAAAGGAGUUUCCUAGAACUUGGAAAGAAGACUUGACCUUCGAGGAAGCAGACGACUGGAGAGGAGUGUCUAUUGAAGACUUGACUCGUAUGGACGAAAGACAAGUGAUACCCACCCAAGAUCUGAAGCAUUUCGUUGUGAUCCAAGGAUCCUUGUAUUACAGGGCGGCCGGAGGAUCUCCCACGAGGUGUGUAAAUAAAAGAGAAGCCGAGAAGUUGCUCCAGAAAUUGCACGCGGAAACAUGUGGACAAACUGGUGCCGUUCACUUUUACAGGAAACUUCAGAGGAAGGGAAUGUACUGGCCAAGUGUGUAA